CAACAUGGACGCGUCGGGGCAAGAUGUGCGAGAAAUGCAACAAAAUAAUACUUCAUCAUCAAACGAAGAACCUGAGCCGCAGCGCCCCGACUUUUGUCCUGGUUUUAAGGAUGUCGAUGCAUUUGUGAAGUAUGGACUGGGGACGGUCGUUGCUGCCACAAAAGCGUCUGCCAACCUCCCGCAAGCAGGGGAUGAGUAUGACUUCUACCGCAGUUUCCCAGGGUUCCAGGAGUUCUGCGAAACCCAGGGAGACAGGCUGUUGCAUUGCAUGAGCCUGUUAAUGCAGCACCAUGGCUGCCGGGCUCACAUGAGAGACCGCAACAAACUGACUGGCCUGGAGGACCGGUUUGACCUGGUGGUGGACUCCAAUGACGUCAUUCUGGAGAAAGUGGGGAUCCUGCUGGAUGAGGCCUCGGGUGUAAACAGGAACCAGCAGCCAAUCAUGCCUGCUGGCUUUCAGCCUCCUAAGACCAUUGUGUCCAGCUGGAAUCGCAGGGGAGGAGACUCGGGUCGAGGGUCGAGCUCUGAGACCUUCCGGCUGCUACAUGCCAAGAACAUCCAGAGGCCACAGCUGAAAUUCAGGGAGAAGGUGGACAACAGCAACACACCGUUCAUGCCCAAAAUCUUCGUCAAGCCCAACGCCAUAAAGCCACUCCCUUCAUAUUUCACUGAUAAACACAUCCGCCAGGAGAGGCCGGAGGAUCUGGAUGUCCCUGCAGCUCUGGCUGACUUCAUCCACCAGCAGAGAACACAGGAGCACAUGGAAGACAUGUCUGCACACCCUUAUCAGUACGAAUUGGACCACCUCUCGAUACCGGAGAAUUUGUUAGCCAAACCUGAACCCCAGAUGUACAGACCCCUCUCCGAGACCAAGUGUCAGUUCAUAGACACACUGGAAGACCUGGUGGCGCUCAAUGAGAAGCUUGCAAAGAUGUCAGAGUUUGCGGUAGAUCUGGAGCACCAUUCCUACAGAAGUUUCCUGGGCAUUACUUGCCUGAUGCAAAUCUCGACAAGAGACGAGGACUUCAUCGUUGACUGUUUGGAACUGCGUAGCGAGAUGUACAUCCUCAAUGAGACUUUCACGGACCCCUCCAUUGUCAAGGUGUUCCACGGUGCCGACUCGGACAUCGAGUGGCUGCAGAAGGACUUCGGCUUGUACGUGGUCAACAUGUUCGACACGCACCAGGCAGCUCGUUCCCUCAACCUGGGCAGACACUCGCUGGACCACAUCCUGAAGCUGUACUGCAACGUGGACUCGGACAAGCGCUACCAGCUGGCUGACUGGAGAAUAAGGCCUUUGCCAGAGGAAAUGUUCCAGUACGCUCGCGCGGACACCCACUACCUCCUCUACGCCUAUGACCGGCUGAGGGUGGAUCUGUUCGAGGUGUCCAACGGGCAGCCGUCUCUCCUGCAGGCCGUCUGGCAGAGGAGUAAGGACAUCUGUCUCAAGAAAUACGUAAGGCCGCUCUUCACAGAGGACUCGUACAUGGAUCUGUACAGGAGGCAGAAGAAGACCUUCAACACCCAGCAGCUGGCCGCCUUUAGGCUGCUGUACGGCUGGAGGGACAAGCUGGCCAGACAGGAGGACGAGAGCACGGGGUAUGUCUUACCCAACCACAUGAUGAUGAAGAUAUCGGAAGAACUGCCGAAAGAGCCCCAGGGCAUCAUUGCCUGCUGUAACCCGGUGCCCCCGCUGGUCCGCCAGCAGGUCAAUGAGCUCCACCUGCUGGUGCAGCAGGCCAGAGACAUUCCCCUGCUCAAGGCUGAAGUAGCAGUGGAAAAGAAGAAGGGACUGACGCCAAAGAGAAAGCCAGAGUCUACUUUGUUUGGGCCUCAUGACACCUCCCGUGUCUCUGAGAGUGACUUUCCCGAUUUCUCCUCUCCGGGUUUCCUGGCUAAACAAGGGGUGCUGUUCUCUGACGAUGAAGGCGAGACAAGGGACACAGAGGAGUUGGGUGGUCUCGUAGCGUCAGCAAAAAUCACACUGUUUGACGACCAAGACACUGGCAAGGAGGGAGGCAACCUCACAGUGGCACAGCAGAAGGCUUGCAGCAUAAUGGAGUCCUUCGAGAACCCUUUCAGAAUGUAUUUACCUUCAAAGGACAACAACAUACACAUCUCAAAAAAUGCAAAGUAUGACCCAUCAUCAAAAAUAUACGAGAUCAGCAACAGAUGGAAACUGCAGAGUGUGGAGCAGCAGAAGAGAGAGGCCCAGGCCAAACAGGAGGCGAAGGCGAAGGCCAGGGAGAUGGCCCAGAGAGCUGCAGAAGAGAGGAAGAAAACGCAACAGUCAUACCAGGAAUCUCUAAAAGAUGUAAUGACCGUUCGUCAGCAAGCAUCUGCUACCAAGCUGGGAACAAACAAGCGGGAGAGGAUACCCAGUGACCAGGAUGAGACUCAGAAACCCAACAAAAAACAGCUGAAGUCCACAGAAAAGCCAGCAGAGAAAAACCCUCCCCCUCCAGCUGACUUCAAACCCUUUGACUACAGCCAGUCGGACCUGAAAGUCUUUGCUGCAGGCAAGGCAAAGGACAGCACGCAGUUUGAUCCAAAUAGGCAAGCCGAGGAACCGAGGCAAAAGAAAACCCCAAAGGUACAAAAAAUGAACCCUUCAUCAGGAAACAGAAGUAUGUCUUAUUUGGCUGGCAAAUCUGACAGGGGAUUUAGACAGAACUGGCCCAAAAGAUAAACUGACUUAUACCUGGAUCUAUACCUGCAAGGUCAUGAAGUGGAAGACAACAGGUUCCUGGACUCACAUUUAUAUAGGGGAAAAAGAGUUUUCUACCUUCCAAUGAUGUGCAUAUGUUGUCUAUACCAAUAUUUAAACUAUGGUAGAGUCCAACAUUUUGUGUGGUUUAAUCUUUUUUAAAUGAUUUCAUUAUUGUUUGCUGUCAGUUGCCCUUUCUCGGUAUU